AUGUUGAACGAAAAGGACCACAUAACGUCCUCAGAAACAUGCACCCAAAACGGCGACAACAUCAAGAGUAUCGAUAACAAUGAUGGCGAUGCUCGAUACCCCGUCGAGCUCAAGGACUCUGUAGGCACCUUUGACCCAGAGGCAUUAGCAUUCGACCCAAACUCUGAAGAAAUCAAGAAGGUGCGGUGGAAGAUUGACAAGAGGCUUAUCCCGCUUUUGGCUGCUAUGUAUCUGUGCUCGUUCUUGGACCGUGCCAACAUUGGCAAUGCCAAAGUCGCAGGCAUGGAAACAGACCUGAACCUCCAACCCGGCGAGUUCAACAUCGCGCUGAGUAUCUUUUAUGUCGGCUACGUGAUCGGGGAGGUUCCCUCCAACAUGGCAUUGAAGCAAUUUGGCCCCAGGCUUUGGAUCCCUGCUGUGAUGUUUCUAUGGGGAACGGUCAUGAUUGCCAUGGCAGCCGUUAAAACUGCGGGUGCUCUUUAUACGGCCCGCUUCUUUCUUGGUCUAGCUGAAUCAGGAUACGCACCAGGACCUGUGUAUGUGAUCAGUAUGUGGUACGCACGCAAUGAGCAGGCCAUUCGUGUUGGACUCUUCUUUUCUGCAUCUACAGUUGCCGGCGCCUUUGGAGGACUCUUGGCUUAUGGUAUGAAGGAACGAGACCUGACGAUCAAACGAUUGGCCGUAGAAGCAGGACCUGGCGACGAGUCUCACUUCUCGUGGGUUCAGUUCUGGGCUGCGUUCAAGGACUGGAAGGUGCACAUGCACAUGUUGAUCGCUUUCCUUCAUGGUAUUCCCUUCGCGUCCCUUGGGCUCUUCAUCCCUUCUAUCGUGCAGGGGUUCGGCUAUGACCACAUCACAACACAGAUCAUGACGGUCCCCAUCUAUGUAGUAGCAUGUUUUUCAGUCAUCUCGUUCACUUACUCAUCCGACCGCAAAAAGGAGCGUGGAUUCCACCUGGCUAUCCUCUCAUUUAUGGCCACGAUUGGGUACAGUCUCCUAGUCUUUACAAGACACUCACCCGUAGGAGUACGCUAUGCCAGUUUGAUGAUCUGUGCUUCUGGAACCUAUGGCUAUGUUCCUGUGAUGUUGAGCUGGUCUGGCGUCAAUAUUGGAGGACAUACGAAACGAGGCGUUGCGAUCGCGUUGAUUAUCUCGAUUGGCCAGGUCGGGUCUGUCAUCGGCGGACAGCUCUACCGUAACGACGACGCCCCGUUGUAUGUGCGUGGACAUUCGAUUAGCGCGAUACUGAUGGCACUGGCGACAGUAUCCGUGUCGGGGUUCAAGUUCCUGUUGACGCGCGAGAACCGACGCCGGGACAGAUUGACGCUCGAGGAGUAUGCGCUCGAGAGCAGUGGGGCCGAUCUUGCGGACAAGCAUCCUAGCUUCCGUUUCUACACAUAG